UUUUAAGCACGUGCCCUGUGUUUGGAAACAGUGAACGUGGGAACGCCUGAACGUGAAGUGAACGCGCUGGUAUCACACUGUGGUCUGUGCUGUGGUCGCCGCUGUAUGCUGCCUGAGCCUGUGCCUUUGUCAGUGUCUGUCUAUCUGUCUGUCUGUCUGUCCAGCCCCUCACCCCAGGCUGUCUUGCUGCACCACCACCCCUCACCACUAACCAAGCACCGCAGUGAUGACCAGCCUACAGGUGUGGCGGACCUUUGAGCCAGACAGUUACUACAAAACAUUCCUGGAACACAGCAAAAGACCAGAUAGCCGUAAUCUUUCAAGCUUCAGACCCAUCAAUAUCAAAGUGGGCACAGUCACCACGGCAGAAGGGUCGGCUACAGUACGUCUGGGCCACACCACCGUCAUGUGUGGCAUCAAGGCGGAGAUUGCCACGCCCACACUGCGACACCCAGACGAGGGAUUCGUAGUGCCUAACGUGGAGCUGUAUCCUUGCUGUUCACCAAUGUUUAAGGCCGGACCACCAGGGGAACGAGCCAUUGGAUUGAGUCAGUUUUUGAAGAAUGUCAUAACCAGUGCUGAGGUUUUGCUUCCUUCAGAUUUGUGCAUUGUGCCCAACAAAUUUGCGUGGUGCCUCUACUGCGAUGUGGUGUGUCUGAAUUAUGAUGGGAACCUGUACGAUGCGUCCCUCAUUGCUCUUAUGGCAGCGUUACAAAAUGUCUUGUUGCCUGAAGUGAGCUAUGACGAGGAGAGUGAAAGAACCACUGUGUCUCCAGAAAAAACUCUUCCUCUCAAAUUGAAGAGAAAACCAGUCUCCUCAACCUUCACCAUGUACAGUGAAAGCAUUCAGCUUGUGGAUCCAACGGCAGAAGACGAGGAGCAGGGAGGGGGGGAGGUGACAUUGGUGCUCCUGGAGGAUGGCUCACUGUGCACAAUACACAAGCCUGGCGGACACUCCAUUGCCUCAAACUUCCUGGACAAGUUUAUUGACCUUGCCAGAAAGAGAGUCACACUAGUCAACUCUGCAAUCCAUAAAGCUGUUGCAGAGAGGAAGGUGUGAUCUUUGUUGGAAGACAGGAGAAGUGAACUUGAUAAACUCUUGUGAAUGGUUCCUGCAAAAUGGCAAAUCUUUCCUGUAUCAUCACUUUGUUUUCAACAUUUGUUCUGUGUAUUAAUUAAAAGCUGGAGUUAUUUA